AUGCCGCCACAUUUCAGCGAUUCGCCGAAUGCGCGGUCGAAAUCAAUAAGCCAAGCAGAGGGGAUCGACACAUACGGCGUGCUAAAUCGCCAUCCUUCUCAAAAUCUCGCCUUCGGGAUUGGCGUCGCGGAAGAUAAGGGCACUCGCCGUACGAUGGAGGAUGCGCAUUCAUUCGUAGUUGAUUUUGACUCGAUCCGUGGGCAGGGGUUUUUUGCGGUCUUCGAUGGGCACGCUGGAAAACAUGCUGCAGAAUGGUGCGGAGCACAUUUCCAUGAGUAUCUCCUUGAUGCUCUGCAUAAGAACCCCACGACCUCAAUACCUGACACGCUCGAUAAGACAUUCCACAAUGUAGAUGACGUUCUCUCUCGUAUGUGUGAAGAAUCGGAAGGCAAGAUACAUUCCGGUUGCACCGCAGUCACCGCGUUCCUUCGCAUCGAAGAUGGCGAUGGCAAGCAAUCAUUUACCACCUCACCGCCUUCACCAGCAUCGUUGCCGUCUGGGGACUCGGAAACUCCGAUACCAGGCCGUAGCGUCAUACAGUCAUCCCCAACCGAUUCAGCAUCCGCAUCAGCGCAAACAACGGUAGCCGACGACAGUCCCCACGAUAGCAGACACAAGACGAAUGACAGCACCGUCCAGCCAAUCGUCCCACCAGCCACAUGUAAACGCGUGCUAUAUACGGCUAAUGUCGGCGAUGCGAGGGGUGUGCUUUGUCGUGCGGGCAAAGCUGCACGUCUGACCUACGAUCACAAAGGAACAGAUCAACAAGAAGCCAAACGGAUAACCGACGCAGGCGGGUUUGUGAUGAGCGGCCGGGUGAAUGGCGUCUUGGCCGUCACUAGAAGUUUGGGUGAUACUGCGAUGAAAGAUUUUGUCGUUGGAUCUCCUUAUACGACCGAGACCGAACUUUGUGAUGAAGAUGAGUUCUUGGUCUUGGCUUGUGAUGGGUUGUGGGAUGUGGUUUCUGACCAAGCUGCCAUUGACCUCGUCCGCGAGAUUGACGACGCCCAACAUGCCAGCACUAAGUUGCUAAAGCACGCCCUUUCACAACACACAACUGACAAUGUCACCGUGAUUGUUGUACGGUUCAAAAGCAUUACACCGCGCACUGCCUAG